AUGGCAUGGGCCAAGUUCUUCAGGAGACCAGGAGGCAAUCUUUCCAGGUCUUACCAGCCAGGAUCUAUGCUAUCCUUGGCCCCUACCAAGGGACUACUAAAUGAGCCGGGACAGAACAGCUGCUUCCUCAACAGUGCAGUGCAGGUUCUUUGGCACCUCGAUAUCUUCAGACGAAGUCUUCGUCAGAUUCCAAACCACUACUGCUUGGGCGACUCCUGCAUCUUUUGCGCUUUGAAGGGAAUAUUCUGUCAGUUCCAGCACAGCCGAGAGCGAGCGUUACCCUCAGAUAACCUGCGUAAUGCCCUAGCUGAAACCUUUAAGGAUGAGCAGCGCUUUCAGUUAGGCUUCAUGGAUGAUGCUGCUGAGUGCUUUCUCUUUUAUCGCGUCACAGACGAGCGUGCAAAGAAGAGUGAGCUGCUAUUGGUGGGAAUGAUCUGUUACUCCAGCAGACAUUACUGUGCCUUCGCCUACCACACCAAAUCAUCCAAAUGGGUUUUCUUUGAUGAUGCCAAUGUCAAAGAGGUGGGAUCCAGAUGGAAGGAUGUGGUCACUAAAUGCAUCAGAGGUCACUUCCAGCCCUUGCUCUUGUUUUACUCUAACCCUGAUGGCAGUGCUGUGGUAACAGACGAGGCCCAGCGGACCAACAGCAGUGCUACCCAAAAUAAGAGCUCAGUCAAUGGAGAAGCACCAGGUAGAAACCAGUUUCAAUGCAGUUAUAUUGUGGGAUCCAGAUGGAAGGAUGUGGUCACUAAAUGCAUCAGAGGUCACUUCCAGCCCUUGCUCUUGUUUUACUCUAACCCUGAUGGCAGUGCUGUGGUAACAGACGAGGCCCAGCGGACCAACAGCAGUGCUACCCAAAAUAAGAGCUCAGUCAAUGGAGAAGCACCAGGUACUCCUAUACUGGGCGGAAAGAAGUUGGAGUUGACGCGAGAGAACUUGACUGCUUUCUUCUCAAAUCAUGGUACUCCGAAGCAGAAGUCUCAGCCUCCCUCUGUGUUCAGUCGUGGCAGUAACCAGACCAGCGGCGGCAGAGGGCCAGUCAAGAUGAACGUUGAUCCAAUUCAGAUUCGAUUCAGAGAGAUUUUGCGGGAGCUGCCAAAAGAAGGUCGUCCCAUCAACCUUAUUAAGAAGGACUCGGAUCGGUCACAGACAAGAACAGAAAAACUGAGGCUCCGGGACUCCCCUGACAAGCCUCAUUCCCGCUCGCUGUCACCUCCGGAGAACGGCUUCAAGCAUCUGGAGUCGCGGCUCUACAGCAGCCAGGGCAGGGGUCCGACAAAAGCCGAUCGCUGGCCUGUUACUAACACUCAGUACAGCCACGAGCCCCGCUCUCAGUCCCAGCCUCGCGUUCCGCUUCAUCCCCCUGGAGAGAGCCGCUCUCGGAGGCUGGAUGUGGCCAAUGGCUACGAUACAGACAGCAGUCAGGACUCCCGGAUGUAUGGAAACCCUCACAGCCGGCCGAAUCGAGCGUGGAGGCCGAUGCGAGAGGCGCUUAACGUCGACAGCAUAAUAAACAGCGAUAAUAAUCAAAACUCCCACAACUCUCGCAGACAGACCUUUAAUCAGGACAGUGAAGAGUCGGCGUGGGUCCGACGAGAAGAACGCAAACCCAAGAGCUUAAUGACGAUUUACGAGGACGAGCAGCGGCAAGACAUGGGCAGCAGGAGCUCGCUGGAAUCAGAGGACAGGGUUAAAUCAAGCGUCAGUAACCUCACCAUUCAGACUGAUAACUGGAAAUUCCAGCGCACUGAAUCUGGAUACGAGAGCAGUGAUCGUCUCAGCAGCAGCUCGGCAAACCUGGACUCUCCUGUGGUGGAGAACUUGAGCAACAAAGACAUGCAGUCCAUACCAGAAGCAAACCUCUCCAGGGAGCCUAACUACCAAAGGAGGUAUGAGGAUUCAACGGCCGAGAUCCCACCUUCGUCCAUUAUCUACAGUAAGUGUCCUCAAAUGCUUCGGAGAUGA